GGUUACGGGUGGGGAGCUCUUUGAGGAUAUUGUUGCCAGAGAAUACUACAGUGAAGCAGAUGCCAGCCACUGUAUUCAUCAGAUACUGGAGAGUGUGAAUCACAUUCACCAGCAUGAUAUCGUGCACAGGGACUUGAAGCCUGAGAAUUUACUACUGGCAAGUAAAUGUAAGGGUGCUGCUGUCAAACUGGCUGACUUCGGACUGGCUAUAGAAGUCCAGGGAGAGCAGCAGGCCUGGUUUGGGUUUGCUGGCACUCCGGGCUACCUCUCCCCUGAAGUCUUAAGAAAAGAUCCUUAUGGAAAACCAGUGGAUAUAUGGGCAUGUGGAGUGAUUCUGUACAUAUUACUAGUGGGGUACCCUCCCUUUUGGGAUGAAGAUCAGCACAAACUCUAUCAGCAGAUCAAAGCCGGAGCCUAUGACUUCCCAUCACCUGAGUGGGACACUGUGACUCCCGAAGCAAAGAAUUUGAUCAACCAGAUGCUGACAAUAAACCCAGCAAAGCGCAUCACAGCUGACCAGGCUCUCAAACAUCCAUGGGUCUGCCAACGAUCCACUGUCGCUUCGAUGAUGCACAGGCAGGAGACUGUGGAAUGCUUGAGAAAGUUCAAUGCUAGAAGGAAGCUAAAGGGUGCAAUCCUCACGACGAUGCUUGUGUCUCGGAACUUUUCAGCUGCACUGCCAAAUUUGAACAAGAAGUCAGACGGAGUGAAGAAAAGGAAGUCGAGCUCCAGUGUGCAUUUGAUGCCACAGAGCAACAACAAAACCAGUAUAGUAAGCACUGCAAAAGAAACACCCCCAGUGCAGACGUCCAUGGAGCCUCAAACUACUGUUGUCCAUAAUGCUACAGAUGGCAUAAAGGGUUCCACAGAGAGCUGUAACACCACGACUGAAGACGAGGAUCUGAAAGCUACACAGUCUUGUGAAGAGAAGCUUCUUGCCUGGGACAGCCCAGGGCAGACAUUGGAGUUAGAGCGUGCUCAGUCGGAGCCUUUGCUAACUCCAGUAGUUCCCUUUGUACUUAACCGCGCACCGU